AUGGAGCAGCAAGCUUCAACGUCAAAAGUUACUGUUGAGUACUUUGACCCUCACAAUGUCUACGAGCUCCUGAAGCCGGGCCUGAUACCCCGAUUGCCUCUGCACCAUCUUCACUGGCAGUCGCACUCGGGGCCGCUGCGCUCGAUCGAUACCCUGCACAUUGAGCUGGUGGACGGCGGAAAGCUGCAGCAAGACGAGAAACCCGCGCCGGCCAAGCCGCCUGCCGCAUCCGAGGCAAAAGACGAUGGUUUCCAGACACAGGCCGUGGGUGGCCAGACCGAGGCCACCGAAGGCAGCGAAACCAAAUCCGCAGUUCCCAAAGGCACAGCAGGUCGACGGCACCAGAUUCCGGGGUUGCGCCGCACGCCCUACCUCAAGGUCCUCCUGGUGCGAUGCGACGACAACGAUUCCUACAAAAAUACUGUUCGCGCAGAGGUUCGCGAAUGGAUCAAAGAACACACACCGCCAGCGAGCUCUUCGAAAAAGGCUAGUAACCAGGAGAACCAUGACGCGUAUGAGUGGCUGAUUCUGCAUGUUGUUAUCCCCAACACGGCAGCAUCUACGCAACCGCGCAGCACUGGUAAAGCAGAAGGGAGCGCGGAAAAGAGCACGGGCUCGCGAUGGAGGGCAGGCACCACACCCCUUAUGGAAAAGUUUCGCUCCGACUUCAACAGCUCUAGCAAGAGUGCCCCCGAUCGUAUCGCGCAGAUCCGCAUCGGCAUCAACGAUGUUCCCUAUGAUAUGCUGCCGCGAGUUGUCCCUGCCGUGCCCUCGGGGUACCUUGAGUCUGAGCAGGAUGCCGAGAGAGCGUGGAACGAGUUAGUGACGAAGUUUAAGAACCUGAUCCUAAGCUCAUUCGACAAACGUGUCACACAAUAUGAAGAAGACAUCAAGGAGAAGGAUACUCAACGCACACUGCCAGGCUGGAACUUUUGCACCUUUUUCAUUCUCAAGGAAGGUCUAGCGCUCGGCUUUGAAAAUGUUGGUCUGGUUGAAGAUGCACUUGUUGGGUAUGACGAACUUAACGUGGGCCUCGAUUUGGUUCUUGCCGAGCAAGCGGACACGGGCGAGCCCGAGAGCCAUGGCGGCGCGAUGCUGCCGUUCACUGAUGAUCUCGGAAAGAUUGCCCGAAAAGCACUUGACGAGGCUUCGGGAUGCUCGAAUGACGAAGAGGCUGUCGACAUGCAAUCUGCUGACAAACCAACAAUCGAUGUUGACGAUAUCCCAAUUAGCCAUGCGAAGAAGGCAUAUCGCGAUAUGAUUCUGGCCAACAAGGUAUCCGUACUCGACUUUAGAUGCUACAUCUUCUCUCGCCAAAUCGCGCUGUUGUUGCGCCAGGCGAACUCCUCCGUCACCAGAGACCAGCUACUUUCCCGACUCAAGGAGCAACAAGAGUCUGUUCUUCAAGGCGUCGCGCCACUUGCAAAAGCAACGCCUCACAAGGAAGAUGAUACUGAAAAUUUAAGCAUACUGGCCGAAGUUUGUCGAAGAACGCUUGAAUUCAUCCCAUCCUUGUCGAACAUUAUGCGGCACGACAUUAUCACCUCUUUAUUAGCCGAGUCUCCGAAGAGUAAUGAGGAAGGAUUUAGCACCGCGGCGUAUCAGGUCAUUGAUAACUUGGUGUCCUCCUUUGCAUUUUCCAUUGCGCAGCAAAUCCUUGCGCAAACAGCGACCAAAGCACUGCCUAUUCCGCCGUCAUCCCUACCGCCGACAGAGGGGGCAGAGCAAAAGGCCUCCAUCCCAGAGCCUAAAACUAUGAUGCACCCGGCGAGAAAUUCUUCUCUUAACGAAAGUUCGCCAAGAAACCCACCACCCAGUCCCGGAUUCCCGGGUCCUGGUCGUGCGCCUGCGAGAGCAGCUGGUGAUGACCAAAAUACAUCAUUUCUCAAAGUUGGCAUCGAAGAGCUGGCCGCUGGUCGCGCAGAACUGUACAUGAUGUCUCGGAGUAUUCUACAAAGAUUGGGCAAAGUCCGAGGCUGGAGCACUGGCUGGGAUGAAGCACCUGUUGUGCAGGACUCAGGCAUUGAGGUCAUGGAGGACAUUAGCCUCGACGACGAUAAUAACGACAGCAAUGAUAACGAUUCAACAAAUAGCGAAAACAAGCCGAAUAUAAAUACGACACCUACCAGCGCCGGCAUCCGCAGCCAGUUGCUAAUUUCCGCAACGGAGAACUCUCAAGACUUCUACCGCCUCUAUGAGAUCAUGACGGACAAGGCGCUACGCCACUACACAGUGGCCGACCAACAGAGCGCCGUUCAGACUGCCAUCGCAGACCUGGCCGUCCUGAAAUUCCUUCUGAAGGAAUACGCUGCGGCCAAGUCGUACUUUGACAAGGCCCUGCAGUUCUUUGGCGAGUCAGGAUGGAGCAUGAUUGAGCUCUCGAUGCUGGUCAUGUAUCUGCAGUGUCUGAGCGAGCGCAACGCCAAUCUGGAGUAUGUUAGGGCAGCGCUGCAGCUUCUUACCAUGUCGAGCGCUGCCGAACUGUCGCGGAUCCAGGAUUCGUCAGCGCGCCGGUUGAGACCCAAGCAAGAAUCGGCAGACUCGCCAAUCAAAGGCGUUGUUGCCAAGCUGUGCGACUUGGCGUCGUCCCUGCGAAGCGAUGUGCGAUCGCCUCUCUCCCUCUUCUUUACGAAUGUGGACAUUUUGGGGGCGCCAAGCUACGAAGAGGGCCGCGAUGGGUGCUCCGUAUCUAUUGGGAUUUGGAGCCUGCUGCCUGACGACAUUACGCUGGACAAGGUUCAGCUCAAAGUGUCUGGCGUAGACGAGGGCCCAAUCAGGGACUUGACAUUUGAGAACAAGGGCGCCGUGGUUCUAAAGCCGGGCAAAAACAAGCUCUCUGUAUACACCAACUCUGUCAUUCCCGGCAAGUACAAAGUCAACCAUUUCGGCUUGCACUCUAGCCGCAUCUUCCUCCACUACGACGCAGACGUGAACGCGUCCCAGUCUCCCACCAUUGCCAUUUUCAAGCAACCCGAGAUCACCCUCUUCCAGCACACCAACGCGCUCGACGUCGACCUCCAGGCCGCCAAGCACACCUCGCUGGACAAGAACAACAGCCUCGACCUCUCCAUCAGCACCGGGUGGAACAUGCUCAAGCGCUGCGAGGUCCGCAUCAAGCCCAGCUCCGGCGGCCUGCGGCUGCUCACCACCGACGCCACCGUCGUCGACGCCGCCCUCGAGCUCGCCAAGCCACCCGAGUCCGGCCUCUUCCACUUCAACGCCAUGGCGCCGGAAACCUCCGUCACCCUGCGUUUCCCCUUCUCUACCGAGCUUGACCUUGACGACGUCUUUGCCAAGGUCGAAGUCACGUACACCACCGACGCCGAUGAGUCCUACCACCUCGCCAAGACGUUUAGCGUCCCCGUGGCCCUCGUCGUCGGCGUCAACGUCCAGGACGUCUUCAAGCACGGCGCGCUCUUCUCGCGCUUCAACGUCACCACGGCCACGGCCGGCCCACUGCGCCUCUACAGGAGCGAGCUGCUCGACUCGGAGCUCUUCGCCGCCACGUCGGGCACGCGGCCCGCCGCCGUCACCGUCUUCCCCAAGCAGUCCGCCAGUAUGCUCUAUCGCGUCCGCCGCACCAGCGACGCGCGCGUAGCCUCCCGCGCCGCCAGGACCAUGUACCUGCGGCUGCACUACACGCAGCUGCACGACGAAGUCGCCGACCUCAUCCGGGUCUCCGUGCGCGCGGCCCUCGCCGCCGCCUCCCUCGCGACCUACGCCCGCGCCGUCGUCGCCUCCCUCGCCAAGGACCUCAAGCGCAGCCUGCAGCCGCACGACCUCGAGCGCGCCGCGCUCCUCGGCGAGGUGUCUACCUCGUUCCUCCACGCUAUCCCUUGGGAGAAGCGCCUCCACGGCCUCGCUGCCGACGCCGUCGUCGGCAGCCUCGCCGCAUGCCUGACUAAAUGGCAGACGGAGCACAAGCGCCUCGCCAUCGCCAAUCACACGAGCCCCGCCGCCGACGGCGAGCCCUCCUCCAUCCUCAUCCCCGUCGAGGUGCCCUCCCUGACCAUUGUGCACACCGCCAACGUCCGCCUCCAGCGGCCCCUCCCCGCCAUCAUCAACGAUGCUAGCGGUGGCAGCGCCACGCCCACAGUGUACCUCAACCAGGUACUCCACGCCACGCUGCACCUAAAGUGGACGCGCAUCUGGGACACGGAGAGCCAGCGCACCGAGGACCUCGAGUUCAGCUACGACGUGUCCGCGAGCGCCGAGUCUUGGCUCGUUGGCGGCCGCCGCAAGGGCCACUUUGUCAUUCCUGGAUGUGCCGCCGACGGCGACGACAAUGAGGGAGCGUCGUCGACGCCCGAGACCGAAGCCGAGAUCCCGCUGAUUCUGAUCCCGCAAAAGGGAGGCUGGCUGCCGUAUCCGAGCGUCGACAUCCGCGAAGUGUACAGCGAGCCGCCACAGGGUGGAAGCGGUGCCGCCACGGGCCAUAAUAUCGAAGUUGAUUGGCGAAAUCUGGGCGAGACUGUUCGGGUCGUCAGCGACAAGCAGGCGCUCACGGUCAGUCUGGACGCAAGUGGCCCCUCGGGCGGACCGCUGGUGUUUGAGAGUGAAAGUAGGCCGAGUGCCCAGGGCAUUCGAAUAGUAGCUUGA